AUGAAGAUGAAGAACAAGAAGACACUACAAUGGCUUCGUGUCUUGCAAGGUUUUGCUUCUUCCUACUUCUUCGUCGUCGUUUUCAUCAUCUCAGCACAGGCUCCGGCAGGUCAUGCUGGCGAUUCUGACGGCGGCACAAGGAUUGAUUGUGGGGCUAGAGGGAGUUACACAGACCCAAAAACCAACUCUUCUUACGAAGCAGAUGAUGGUAGAUUUGUUGAAUUCGGCGAAGUGCACAAUGUAUUGUCGAAUUACAGUAAAGAACAGAUUGGGAAUCAGCUGAAGACAUCAAGAAGCUUUCCAGAAGGGAAAAGGAACUGCUACUCAGUGCCCACACCAAGCCAAAACCCAUACUAUCUCGUACGGGCAUUCUUCGCAUAUGGAAACAAAGUUAAUAGAACAGGAAUGCCAUCGUUCGAUUUGCACAUUGGUGUCAAUUACUGGGAGACAAUUAACCCAACAGAAGGAGACGUUGUACGUUUCGAGGUCAUUCAUGUGUCUCCAACUGAUGACGACAUCAAUGUUUGUCUUGUAAACACAGGCCACGGAACACCCUUCAUUUCAUUGUUGGAAGUAUUGCCAUGGCGGAGUUCUAGGUAUGAUCAGACACCUUCGAGUUUAUUAAGGCUCAUGUCACGCUCCAAGCUAGGCAUGUCAGAAGAAGAUUCUACCUACAUCAGAUACCCAGAUGAUGAUAUCUAUGGAAGGUCCUGGUUCAAUAGACAAAUGGAAAACACAGUGCGAAUCAAUACGUCGAUGGCUAUUGACAGUCAUACGGAUGAAAAUACUUACAAACUGCCAAAAGAAGUGUUGAGUAGUGCUGUUCAGCCUGGCGGGUCAUCUCCUUCCCUGGAUAUCAACAUGAAUUAUCCAGAUGGUGAUUACUAUGUGUACCUUCAUUUUUAUGACUUCGAGAAUAAGUCACAGAAUCAGCAGAGGAAGAUGGUUAUUACUUUCAGCGAUGGGGUUAAUGUGUCCUUCACUCUUCAAUACUUGAAGCCCACUACUUUGGUUAGGAAUAUCAAAAGAGACUAUCAUGUUAGUAAUAUUUCCAUCAGAUCAGACUCUCAAUUACCUGCCAUGCUCAAUGCUUAUGAAAUCUACAGAGUUCUUCCCCAGCCUGCUAAUUCCACCACUGAUAAAAGAGAUGUUGCUGCUAUCCGAGACAUUAAAAGAGUGUAUGGCAUCAAAAGGGUCAGUUGGCAAGGAGAUCCAUGCAUGCCAAUGCAGUAUACAUGGGAAGGUCUCUCCUGCAACAAUAGCGGAACUCCAAGAAUCACUUCAAUAAACUUGAGCUCUAGCAAUCUGUCCGGUGAAAUAGCUCGUUCUUUCUCCAAUUUCACAGAAUUGACUGUCUUGGAUUUGUCAAACAACAGUUUGACGGGAAAAAUACCGGAGUUUUUAGCAGAGCCAGAAAAAUUAAAAUAUAUUAACUUGACAAGGAAUAAACUCACAGGUCCAAUUCCUAAAGUUCUGGUGGAAAAGAAGAUCACCCGCAAUUUGACUUUGAGUACGGAUUUGAAGGACCACCGGUUGAGUAAAGCCGAGAAAAUUGGCAUAGUGGCAGGAGCGACAGGAGGAGCUGCAGUUGUAUCAGGAGUGACACUGACAUUUGCUUUAAGGUUGCCGUUUUGUUGGGGGCGUAAGAAGACUACAAACGAGGGAAAUGAGAGGAGAGGGCAGAAUGGGAGGAGAGGGCAGAAUGAUGAUGAGAGAAGAUCAGGAAAGAAGGAAGAAGAGCCCAGAGAUGAUGAGAGCAACAAGGAGAGUGGUGGUGUUACUGUUAAGCCCACCAUCCCUGAAUCCCUAGUUAGCAAAGCCAGUGAGGCUAUACAACAAAUCCCAUGUCUUUAGAUGAAGUCUUGAGAUCGGUGCUGCUUUGGUGCUUGUACUUUGCUUGGGUUGGUGGAGAAUGUAUGUUAACUAUAUGGUGGCUAAUUAGGAGGGUGUGUUUGUUUAUUGUCCAUAGGAUGAACAAAGGAAGGAUUUGAUGCCCUGCUUUUCAUGAUCGUGUGAAUUACUUGGUUGGCUAAUGUACAAAUGUAUGUUAUCUCUUUGUUUGGAUAGAAAGAAAAUCAGGAAGCAAUGAAUACUAGGAGGAUAGACUUUCCAAAAUAGUAAAUUCUUUUUUACUAUUUUUGAGAGUUUCUU